GAGCUGUCGAGCCCCUAAAAACGCACACAAAAGCUUUUUUUUUUUUUUUUUAAAUUUUCGUCGAUUUUUAAAUUACGUAACAGAUUAACUGCGCGGGCGAAGGUGGGUGAUGUUCACUGGGUGGCGGAGGCGGCGGUUUACCGGAAUGCAGCUGCCUGUGUCUGUGCAGACACACACAAGCGCGUAUCGUUAUGCGGCGGCUGUUCGGAGGCUGAGGCAGGGGAAGCUCUGCCCGACACACUGAGCGAGCGUCCGUGCGGCCGUUCUGGCGGAGAAACUGGCUCCAUGACAAGAUGCCAACCUUUUCCGUUAUGUAUAAAGGAGCUGUCAUCAUUAGCAGGACACUCAUGGGUCCAUAUGGUGUCGACAGAACAGUUCACUCCAUGGACUUUACAGAUUGCGAGAAUGGCUUAGGAAUUAAAGUGAUUGGAGGAGUGAAGGAACUAACUGGGGAGGAGUUUGGAGUUUAUGUUAAAAGGAUUUUACCUGGUGGCCUUGCUUCAAGUGAUGGAAACCUGUUGCCAGGAGACCAAAUCUUGGAGGUUAAUGGAGAAAGUUUAAUAGGUGUCACAAGUGACAGAGCUGUGGACAUCUUGAGAGCAGCCUCAGCAACCAAUCACAUGCGACUUCUUAUCGCCAGGGACGAAGAAGCAAAGAAAGAAUUUGCUGACCUAAUGGAAAAAUAUGGCUCCAACGGUAGCACAGGAUCAACACGCAACUCUCCAAUACAGCAAGGAGGUCGUUACCUGGAAAGUACGUCAUCUGGUUCCUCAUCUCGCUCCCAGAGUCCUUUGUUGUUAAGCCCAGCUGGCUCUCAGAACAUGUACAACAACAGCGGACCGAUACUGCGCUCACUCAGUCACCCAGGUGAAGGAGUGAUUCAACUCAUUUCUGUGACCCGAUCCAGCAGUAUGGGCAUCACCCUAGGAGGUGGAUCCAACCGCCCUGAUGGCCCAGCAGUUUUCAUUCAGGAGGUGCUGUCUGGUGGAGACUGUCACCGGGAUGGACGUCUCAGGCCCGGAGAUCAGCUCAUUGCCAUUAACAAGGAGUCCUUGAUAGGUGUUACCCACGAGGAGGCCAAAAGCAUGCUCAACAAAGCCAAAUUCAGUCAAGAAAGUGCAGUGGAGAUUGCUUUCAUCCCAGGUAAAGGACUUUUCCAAAGCAGCACAUCUCUUCACAAUGGUGUUCAGCGGGCGGCAGCCAACUCUGGACGUUUAAAAGUCCACAUCCGAUCACCCGAGGUCUGUGCAGAGGAGCCUGCCCCAGUGUCCUCGCCUUCUCCUGACAUCUGUCCGCCGGAUAUCCAUAUUUCAGCCAAGCAGACAAAUAUCUCCAAUGAUUCAACCAAUCAGAGUUCACCCACAAGGACCAAACCUAAGAUCACACUCGACCCCUACAUUCGGCUCAAAUCAGACAAGUUGGAUUUGGCUCUGUCCUUUCUCGGCUUGGAUGUCACGGACGAGAAAAGAAAGAAGUUACGACAGAGCCUGACGACAGACCCGCAAGGCACUGUGGCCUACGGAGAGUUUGUUGAGGCCACACGGACCAUUUUCCAGGACAACUUGGAGGAGCUCAGUUUAGGUGCAGGUCCUUUCAUGUUCUCCUAUCACGAAGCAGCCAGUCUGAUGGACACGUCGGCCUUCCACUCCCCUACAUAUGAAUCGGAGUGCAGCUACAACAGUGAGGAGCUGGAGCAGUUUCAGAGUGAGGUGAAAGAGCUGCAAACCCAGAUGAAGCAGCUCAAGGUGGUACUAAAGGACAUGGAGCACAGCAAGAAAACGCUUGAGGAUGAGCUGCAGAAGACCUCUGAGAAAGCGUGUUUGACUGUGGAGGAGAACGCCCGUCUGAAGAGCCGUCUGCAAGCAGCGGAAGCCGAGGUGGUGCAGCGCCACGCGAGCAGUGCCGAGCAGGACUACGAGGAGGUGAUCCAGCUGCUUGAGGCUGAGAUUAAAGACCUAAAGAACCAGCUGGCGAGCAAGAGACAAGCACGAGGAGGAGAGGCCACAAAAGAAGAGGUGCAGGAACUGAGCAAGAGGCUGACUGCCAUCGACUGUCAGCUUCGGAAGUCUGAGGUCAACAGAAAACAUCUUGAGAUGUCCAAUAAAAGACUGCUCGGCUUUGCACAGAACGUCCACAAGGUAUUAACAACACCCAGUCUGUUUGGAGGAGAACUUGGGAGCAACAGGCCGUCACCGGCUGCAGAUAGUCCUGACACCUUGUCGCCUCUUCCUGAUCCCGCUUUGCAGCUGGCUGUUGAGGCCAAAGAGCUGGUGCAGGGCGUAUUCACCCUCCCCAAUGAUGACAAAGUGACAGAGGAGGAAGUCGCCCCAGAUGUCAGCCCUCACUACAUGUGAACCAAAAUGCCGACCGAGGAAGAACGUGAUCAAGAAUAAAGCUGUGCAAUCAGACACCCCAAACCACCCGGACACUUGCUGGCCCACCCACCUUCUCAAAGUAAAAAUUGAUUUCAGACACGGUUCCUAGUGACAGACGGAACACAAUCAUUUAAUGCCAAAGCUCACAACAAGUAUCCAUCCAAUUAGACGUCCUUAGUUUCCAGUACGGCUUCUGCAGAUGGACGCAACCAAAACUUGAUGCAUCUCCCCUUCUCUGGACUUUUGACGGACAUCUUGUUGACUCUUGUUUAAACUUAUGUUGAAGCAUGACCCCAACAAACAGAUAUUACAGACUCAAAUGUUUCUUCCUGACCUAUUUUCUACCCUUUCAACAAACACAUCCCAUCGCAUGUAAAGGACAAUCGAAAUUCAUGAGACUCCAUAAUAACACGGCCUCAUCUGCUUCCUCUGUAUGACCAGCUAAGAAAAAG